CUGGUAAUGCUGAACGAUUGAUCCGAGUUUGGGGGUCAUGAGGAGGCGGGACUAAGUCCGCGCACAUUCGAAACACCGAGGAGUUCCUCUGCCAACAUGCCAUCUCAGUCUGUUAGGAGCUAGACAUAUGAAGGAUCGGAAUCGAUAAACAACAUAACAACUUAUUAGAAAAAUUGUGAAGUCGCCAUGACGAACGCACCACAGAUUGAUGUCCUCCUCUACGGGCUCGGAGCCAUUGGUUCCUUCUAUGCCUUCGUUCUCAGUCGGUCCCCGCGCGUCCGACUAACAGUCGUCGCGCGGUCCAACUACGACGCCGUCAAGUCGCACGGCCUGUUAAUCAACAGCCAAAAUCAUGGACAACACCGAGUAAAGCCGUAUAAAGUGCUCAAGACCCCGGCCGAAGCGGGAACCACGUUUGAUUAUAUUGUUUGUGCCCACAAAGCCGUCGACCAGUGGUCUGUUCCAGCUCAGAUAGCGCCCGCGGUCGACGAGGACAAAUCCACCCUCGUGAUUAUCCAGAACGGCGUGGGAAACGAGGAGCCGUUUCGGGCUACGUUCCCCGCCAUCACAAUCAUUUCAUGCGUGACCUGGGUCGGGGCACGCCAAUCUUCGCCCGGGAAAAUCGAACAUACCACCUCCGAAGACAUGCAAAUCGGCCUUUUCCCGAACCUGACUCAUUCCCCGGAAAUGGAAACCCAGCGAAUGAACGACUUCGCGUCUCUGCUGGAGGGUAACACGGUGUUCCAAAUCGUGCCCAACAUCCAAAUCCAACGGUGGGAAAAAGUCGUUUGGAACGCUGCCUGGAAUCCCUUAACUACGCUCACGCUUUUGGAUACGCAUGCGUGGCUGCGUUCUUCAAAGGACGCGACACCGCUAACAAGAAAGUUGAUGAAGGAGGUCAUUGACGUAGCCAGGAAACUGGGGGUGCCGGUUGAGUAUGAAUUGGUGGACAGGCUUAUGGAUAAGAUUCAGCGUAUGCCGCCGAUUGGGAGUAGUAUGCAGGCGGACUUUCAGAGUGGUAGGCCGAUGGAGGUUGAGGUUAUCCUUGGUUAUCCCCAGAUGAAGGGGAGGGAACUGAAUGUGCCGGUGCCGGUUUUGGAGACCAUUUAUGUUAUCCUUACAGGCGUGAAUCAGAGGUUAUUGAAGGAGCCGGCGAAGUUUCGACAGGGGUGUUGAGUUGAGAUGUAGAUGAUACUGGAGUAAUUCAUCAACUCGAUAGGUGCCGAGUCCGCAGAACCCUCCCUUACUUUAUUAGAGCAGUAAGCGAAAGUGGAGCGUUGAAAAUAAAUAAUCAGAUGGUAAAACGUG